AUCUCCUCAAACACUAGUAAAGGGAAGGAACCGUACCUUCCUCAAUAAAACUUUCUCUCCGAUUUGGCUUCUCAGUUUCGGUUGUCAUCGUCGGGGAGAAACAAAAAAAAAACCCACAAAAAGAUUAUAACCCAAAAAACCAAAAAUAAAAUAAAAUAUGAAAGGUAAAGUACUAGGAUCCACUGUUUCUCUUAUCCUAGUGGUGGGUGUCGUAAUUGGCGUGGUUGCUGUAGUUCAAAGUCCAAAGGGCGUCAACAACAGCAAUGGAGGAGAAGUGAAAAGCACCAACAGGGCAGUGACAGCGUUGUGCCAAGGCUCAGACGACAAGAAACUGUGCCACGAUGUUCUGUCCUCUUCAAACAGCACAGACCCAAAGGAAUACAUCGCAACCGUGGUGAGAAGCUCGAUGGACAGUGUUAUCAAAGCAUUGAAUAUGAGCGACAGGCUGACGGUGGAACACGGCAACAGCAGCGCCGGAAUGAAGAUGGCUCUGGAGGAUUGCAAGGACUUGUUGCAGUCCGCAAUGCACGACCUGGAGGCCUCAGGCGUCUUGGUUAAAGAGAGCAGCCUCCAGGACGUGCACCAGCGGACCGCCGAGCUCAAGAACUGGUUGGGAGCUGUUGUUGCCUACCAGCAAUCUUGCCUCGACGGCUUCGACACCGACGGCGAGAAGAAGGUUCAGGAGCAGCUACAAUCUGGUAGCCUUGACAACGUUGGAAAGCUCACAGGCUUGGCACUCGAUGUCGUGUCAGGGAUUACACACAUUCUCCAGUCCUUGGACUUGGACCUUGCUCUCAAGCCCGCCUCUCGUCGCCUUCUUGACGUUGAUGAUGAUGGCUUCCCCACUUGGGUCUCCUCUGCUGAUCGCAAGCUCUUGGCCAACGAUCCUGUUUUGCCCCAUGCUACUGUUGCUAAGGAUGGUAGUGGUCAAUUUCAUACUGUUUUGGACGCUAUUAACUCCUACCCCAAGCAUCACCAGGGUAGAUAUGUUAUCUACGUUAAGGCUGGUAUCUAUGAUGAGUACAUCACCGUUGACAAGAAGAAGCCCAAUCUUCUCAUCUACGGUGAUGGCCCCUCAAAGACCAUCAUCACUGGCCGCAAGAACUUUCACGAGGGUACCAAGACAAUGAGAACCGCCACCUUCUCUACUGUUGCUGAAGAUUUCAUGGCCAAGUCAAUUGCAUUCGAGAACACCGCUGGUGCAGAAGGACACCAAGCAGUGGCACUCCGCGUGCAAGGUGAUCGUUCAGUGUUCUUUGAUUGCGCUAUGCGUGGUUACCAAGACACAUUGUAUGCCCACGCCCAUCGUCAGUUCUACCGCAACUGCGAAAUCUCUGGAACAAUUGACUUCAUCUUCGGCUACUCCACCACCUUGAUCCAGAACUCAAAGAUCUUGGUGAGGAAACCCAUGCCAAAUCAACAGAAUAUAGUGGUGGCUGAUGGCACAGGCCAGAAGAACAUGCCCACUGGAGUAGUCCUCCAAAACUGCGAGAUCAUGCCUGACGCUUCCCUCUUCGCUGACCGCAUGAUCGUGAAGACUUACUUGGCCAGGCCAUGGAAGGCAUUCUCAAGGGCAGUGUUCAUCGAGAAUGUUAUGGGCGACUUGAUUCAGCCCGAGGGUUAUAUUCCAUGGAACCCAAUUGAGCCAAACACACAGGAUUGUUACUUCGCCGAGUUUGGCAACACUGGACCAGGUUCCGUUACUCAAGCAAGAGCUAAGUUUGCCAAAGGUCUCAUCAGCAAGCAAGAGGCUGCAAAAUUCACUGCUGAGCCUUGGCUCACAACUAGCACUUGGUUGCCUUCCGCUGCCGUUCCCUUCGAUCCUAGCUUCACCAAAGCUUAAGCUUAAACUUGGGGAUCAGAGAGAGAAGGCGUACGUGCACGUUAAUUUGCAUGUGCAUGUUGAGCGUUAUAAUCUCUUUUUAGCUUACGUUAAUAUGUACUCAAGAGCGGGGAAUAAAACUGCUACCUAAUUUCAAUGCAGUGACAUAGCUAAUCGAUCCCUGCAACUGGUUUGAGGAUGUGAUUUGUAAUCGUUGAAUAGCUUUUCAUUUUAUGAUUGGUCUCUUUUUGUAUCAACCACUUGAUCAGUGUGCAUGUAAAAUAGACUGAUGAUGUGAGAAGAAGCAAUAGAAAAAUUCUUUUUGUUAUUUAAUAGAAA